AGCCUUUCCCCAGCGCCUGGUGAGGAGUGAAAGUCCCACAGCCCAGCAGAGGCAGCUGGGAGAGUUCGGUGGCGACCCGUGGCCGAGUGCUGAGCCCCUGCCUCCUUCCCAGCACAGGGGUGGUAGCAUUGCUCGCUUGGUGAAGCCCGAGGGGACGGAGAAGGAAGCAGACUCGGCGAGGCCUGUGCUGGUGGGUUCUUGAGGAGGAAGCAGGUGGCAGGAGAUCGCGGGUGCUCCGGCUGCUGGCCCAGCACUGCAUGAAGAUGGGGUGCCUGAAGAGAUGGCCCCUGAAGAGAUGGCUCGGGCUCGGGCUCAUCGUGCUCCACUGCAUCACUCUAGGCUGUGCACAGGAGAAGAAAGUGGCCAAAAGCAAAGUAGGGGAAAAAGUUGGCCUGCCUUGUUGUUACAAAAUUCCCAGCUCGGAGAGCCUGCAAAACUACCGAGUGUAUUGGCAGAUGAACGUCACGGAUGUGGUGCUGGCCUACGCAGGGGAGAAAAAGAUCAAUGAGCACCCACGCUAUGUCAACCGGACAAAGCUGGACUUUGAGAACCUCACCCUGUGGAUCUCCAGCGUGGAAAUCCUGGACAGCGGCCCUUACCAAUGUAUCGUUCAGAGUCUCCAGUCUUCACCGGACAAACCUGGAUCUCAUCUUUUGUGUGGAGAGCCUGUGACCCUCUUUGUUACCGCUGACUUCAGCAAGCCGAACAUAGAAAGAGAAGUAACCGCUAGUUCAUGUGCAUCAACAGAAAUGGUGGUAAGAUGUUCUUCUCAUGGAGGUUUUCCCAAACCCGAAAUCCGUGGAUUCCUCAACGACGAACGUGUGGUGUUGAAUACCACCUGGGAGUCCGAGUCCAGCCUCAGCCCAUACAACGUCACUGGCACACUGUGGCUCAACAUGACCAAAGAUAGCAACUUCACUUGCUUCGUUGAAUAUGAUGGCCUUCUCAGGUCCACCAGUUUGCUUCUAGCAAAAGCAAAUGACUGCAUCGUCUCUACUGCACUUCCAUCCUAUAAUGUCAUUACUGCUUCAAGUAUCAUCAUUAUCACCUUCGUUUUGGCUGUCACCCUAGCAGUAAAGUACCUCCCAAGGCACGCCUGUUCCCACUGUUCUAAGAACCAAGUUUCAGCAGAAGACGACGUGAAAGAAAGUAUGAACCCACCCCACAGCUGUAAAUUGACAUGUGAAAUGUCAUCUCUAUGACCAGAUCACUUUUGCAGGUUUCCUAUCCUGUGUAUUCUGCACUGCAGUCCCCACCGUUCUCUACAGCAAUGCUUAUUGCGUUGACCCUCAGGCUCUCUGAAAGGGGGUGAGAGCAGCAGAAAAAUCUUCUCAAGAAGACUGACAACAUAAUCUUGUGUGAAUGAGUACGAAAACCCACCUAUGCCACAGAAGCUACGAGGUGGUCUUGCUACAAAGGGUUCGCUGGAAUUCCAACUGGGAGGAUCCUCCGUGUUCCUACAGCAGGUUAGAAGAACAACUUCAGCAUUGUGCUCCUCCAGCAUGCCAGCUCAAGAGCUCGGGAUACUCUGAUGCUGCCUCUACAGAAAUCAGGAGCCCUGCAGAGCCCUGGCGGGUAGCCCAUGUCCACACACCCCUCUAGCAACGCACAACUGGCUCCAGACCCCAACAUAUGAUGUCCAGCCAGGCCAUGCCUCCAUGGUGCAACUCGAAGCAGCCCAAACUACUUCUAUGUUCAGCCUUGCACUGGUAUCUGCCAGUGCUGUUCAGUGUGGGCGAAGUUCGAGCUUAGAUUUGAUGGUUACAGAUAGGUGACGAGAUACGUCUUCUCCCCUAAAGAGGCAGUAAUGUACACACUUCAGGAAAAAGCACCUCACGGUGGGAAUAAUACACACCUCCUGCUUGUUUUCACUGAGACUUUGUAGGAACAACACAUACUGACGGUGUACCCAACAGCUAAUACUGCUUAUGUACAGCAGUGGCAGAAGUUCUCGUAACCUUUUCUCUCUUGGAAGGAUAGUCUUGCCAACCCAGGUAUCCAGACACAGCUCCUCCAUCACACCGCUCAGACACAGGGGCAUACCUCGCACAGACCACCCCACUAAAAGUGGUGGUGCUUCUGAGCACAUGGGUGUGUGUGCAUGCAUGUGCAUGCACAUACACGAGCUUUAUAUGCAUUUCUUCCUACUCACACUUGCCAUAAAGCCCCAUCUAAAUUCCUGUAACAACGAGCGGUUAACAUAUUUGUACCAACAGUAAUGAAAUUUAAGUCAGGGCCUUGCUUCCUACAUCUGCUUUUGUUUGUACAUUUGCUUAGGAAUACUUGUUAGAGUAGGUUCUCCGUUUUUGGGGGGAGUCUCUCACGGUGACACAGGGAUUUACUUUGCUUUGAAUGCUGCUGCCUUCUGUCAGUGUUCUCUCUUCUCAGGCAGGAUGCUAGCACUGGAUAGGACUCAUCUGACUUAGGUGAUAUUCUUGCCUACUGUGUAGGAAAACGCAGUUUCUCAUUUUGAGGGGAAAAGAGUGGAAAAAAAUCCCAAGCACCACUAAGUUUCCUAAGCAACUACGCAUACCGACUUAACUCUGCCCUGAAUAUAGUGGGCUUGUUUUGUUUUUCCCUUUUGUUCUGUCCCACUGCAAGCUGUACCCAUUACCUUAUUGCUUCAUCCACGUACGCAGUUAGCAGGGUAGGCCGAAGUCUGAAAGCAUCAUGCCACCAUCUUUGUGGGGUAUUUUGUUGCUUGAGCUGUUUGUCUUGCUAGGACACAGCUCAGAAAUGUUCAUUUCACGUUUUUCCAGUAGGUACGUAUUGGGAGAAAAAAUGCUGGAGGGAAUAGGAGCGCUAAAAGCAGUUUACAGAGCAUUGAGCAAUGAGAGUCUACGGGAUUAGAGCAAGUCACUAGUGAAAAAUAAGACACUGCUCUCUUCCUACUUCUGCAGAAUCCUGCUGCCCCAUCAGCAUUUUUACCACUAUCCCCUUCUAUGAGACAAAGUGGGAACUUUAGGACAUUGCUAGGGAGGGGUAAAAAACAGAGAAAAGGAGACAAGCUUGCCACAAAUCCCCCCAUGGGUGACAAGGAAGCCGAAGUUAUCUGCACAUGUGCAUUCUGGUUGCAGGUGGGACAGAGGUGGCAGAGGAAGCAGUGCUACUAAAAGGCAUCCUGACCUCGUCACAGGAAGGGCUGCCAGUGAAACGCAGUCUCACAGUGUUCGUAUUUCCUUUUCCUUCAGUCUACGUGUGCUCCUUCUAGAACUACUAGCUUCUUGCAGGCUGAACAUGCUCUUUUUCACUUUAAUCAUUUUCUACGUUUUUACCUUGCCAACCACACUGCAGCUCUGGCAGCUGGACCUGAACAGAGGCUUCCCUCUGAAUACCCCACGCUCUACUUCUGCUCCAGACCGAUGACUGAUUGCACAGCACUCUGCAGAAGGGUUUGUCUUUUGCAGAGUGCCAAACCUUUCUGUGUCACGCCAGACUCCCACAACACUUUAAGUAACUCCUUAAAAAGGAAACCAAAACCUCCACUGACAGAUUUGCCUAGCAUCAGUUUGCUUUUAUACUCAACAGGCAGGUUGUUUGGUUUAUUUUCUUUCUUAAGCACUUACUUAUAUUAUGAAUCAUGUUUUCUAUUGCUUUAUGCUGUAUUCGGUGAAUUGCACACAAAUGGUUUCCAUGAGACCUUUUCAGCUUAAUAUCUGGGUCUUUCUACCAGGUGAGCUGCUGUUUAUCACACUUAUUUUGUAGAUAACAUGUGCUGGGGUUUCUCCUUUAAUUGUAUUAAAAGUUAUAUUGUACACUCCGUUUAGCUUCCUCAGAAAUAAAAGAUGUCUUGUACGUGCUGGGAA